UCACAAAAUCAUCUGCAUUCCACGAGGGUUUUUUCGACGGUUAUCCUCACUUUUUGAUGUGUUGAGAAAACAUUCCCAGCCGGUCGCCACUAAGUUCCCAGGAGACGCCGCCGCCGCCGCCGCCGCCUUCAUCUUGUAACGUGACGACAAAUAAAAAGAAGGAAAAGUUGUUAUUGUAGCAGACAUGAUAAGGAGCUUAGCGUGUUGUCAUUAGAAACAUAACAUACAUGUGGAACGUCACACGCUGCGCAAAUAUUUGCACCGUGUCUCAGACGGGAGAUUAUUGGCGCAUAAAUAUUGGAGUAUUUGAUACAAGGCAGCAGUGUGAUGAUAAUAAUGAUAAUAGUAAUCAUAAUAAGAGUCGGCGUGUGCUUGAUGACGUGAUUCCACGAGUGAAGUCAUCGGGAAAGAAAGAAAGAAGUUGUGUUAGCGCUGCCUGCCUUAAAUGGCAAACAUUUGGCGAUUCGCGCGUCGCUCGCUCCCUUCUGUCAGCCAAGCAGGAAGUUCGUUACCUCUUGGAUAUAUUUUCUCGUCGUUAUUGAGACACGCUUUGUACUGAGUGGCUAUUUUUUUCUUUAGUUUUUAGUCUAUACGUUUGCUGUAUUUGUAACAUCGUUGAAAUGAGUUCGUCCCUCUUCCUUUGCCGUAAUGACGUCAUCAACCGAGGCCGCGUCUGGCAGCGUGAAGAAGAGCAGGAGCACGUUCCGGAUGUCUGUGACCUUUUCAUUUUGAACGUGUUCACUUCAACCUAGACGAAGAAUAGGACAAAUGUCCGCGAAGCAGGCGUCCGUCCACGCCAAGUGGAUCAUUGGCAGAGUCAUCGGAACCAAGAUGAGCAAGACGGCAAAGGUGCGCGUCACCAGGCUCGUGCUCGACCCCUACCUGCUCAAGUACUACAACCGGAGGAAGACGUACUUCGCUCAUGACGCGCUGCAGCAGUGCACGGCGGGCGACGUGGUGCUGCUCCAGGCUCUGGCCGAGCCGCGCUCCAAACACGUCAAACACGAGCUGGCCCGGGUGGUCUACAAGGUGGGUCGGGUGGUGGACCCGCUGACGGGGAAGCGGGUCGCCGGCGCCGACUUCCUGGAGCCGCUGGACGACCUUCACGGCGGUCACGUGACUUUGGCUCAGAAAGUGCAAAGCUUGAACAUCUCGGCGGACGCGUCACGUUAACGUUAUCAUUACUUCUAUAUUCGUACGUGCGUUAGCCUCGCUUGGGUCUGUGGUGAGCUGGAGUCCAUCCCGGCUGACUUUGGGUGAGAGGUGGGAUGCAGCCGGGACUGGUUGCCAGCCAAUCGCAGUGCACAUACAAGCGUUCACAAUUCACACCCAUCGCCAGCGUCGCACAAUUUUGGAAUGUGGGAGAAUGCGGGACUACCCGGAGAAAAACCACUUGAGCGUGGGGAGAACGCGCCAACGCCACACUUUCUGAACUCGGAACCUCAAAACUGUGAGGCAGAUGUGCCAAUCACGAAGAUCGCCGUACUGCCCUUCUACAGGGUGUUUGGAAAGUAUUUCUAUGGCAUGGUUACAGGUUCAAUAUGUAAUCUUUAACAAUAUUCUGUACAUCCUGUAUUUUCAUGUCCUAAUUAUUAGAAUUCAAUCCCAAGUUUAUCAUACAAAUAAACUUUACUGUCAAGUUUG